AUGAUGGCUCUCCGCCAAGUGCACGGUACAGCCAAGCUGCAGGAAGUAACAAAGUUACUGGAUUCACUCGAGAAUGACCUGCAAAAUAAGCAAUUAACACCAGAUAAAAAGGUUCAGACUCUCCUCCAACUCCGACAAUAUGGCACAAACCCCGUCGAUGCCGGUCCGAUAUACUGCAGCAAGGGGAUUGGGCUGCUCGUGAGAUAUGGCAUAGAGGGAGAAACCCCUGAUAUCUGUCGCGCUGCCCUGCGAUGUGUCGCAAAUGCCCUACUUCUUGAUGCGAAAAUGCGUCAAGUCUUUGUUGAUACAGGGUUUGGAGGUGAACUGAGUAAGAAGCUCAAGGCGGAUAACUCUGAAGAUGAGAUGGUUGCUAGUCGAAUCUUGUUCUUGUCAACCUAUGACACCACCAUGGACUUUGAAGAUCUCAUCAAGAAUCAUUCACUUGGAGACAACGUUACUUAUCAACUCAACCGACAUGCGGACCAAUUUCCUAAAACCGGAAGACAGCCGUUAUCCCAUAUGGAUGAACUGGCUCUCACAGAUACCCUCAAACUGGUCUUCAACGUAUCCAAACUCUUUGGCCUCGGUUCUAAGUUCUCGGCAUCAAUCCCUCAUAUCCUGAAGAUUAUCAGUCGCAUCGAAAUCCCGGCGAAACCUCUAGAAGGUCUAAUCGGCUAUCUGAUCAACGCGCUCUCUGUUCUCGACAUGGAGGAAAAGGAAAAGAAGUUUUUUGAACACAACCCGCUGUUUCCCUUAUUCGAUUUGAAUUGCAACGUGGAUAGAUUGAUCGAUAUACUUGAUGGAGCUGAGUCCUCAUACCGGCCUGCAGAACUUGAGGAGAAGGUUGUUCCUUUGUUACAUUCAUUGAUCAUCAUAUGCGAGCUUGCUCCCGAUGAACAACGCCAACAUAUGCAAGCCCGACUUCUGCCCGAAGACAGCGAUCGCAGCCAGCCGAUAGGACGCUCCGGUACCCUUGCAUCUCGACUUCUAAAGCUGUUGACAACCCCUUACCCGAAUUUGAAGACUGGAAUCUCAGAGCUCAUGUUCGCUCUUGCUGGCAAAGACCCAGAGAACCUGACCAGGAAAAUCGGAUAUGGCUACGCGGCUGGGUUCCUAGCAUCUCGAGGCUUGGAGGUUCCACAACUUACUAGUGAAGCUUCUGCAAAUAGUGAUAAUGGCCUGGAUCCUAACAUCAAUCCGAUUACGGGUCAGCGAUGGACAGCAGAGCCUGCAGAUUCAGGCCAUCCCAUGACUAUGGAAGAGAAAGAGAGAGAGGCAGAAAGACUCUUUGUUCUUUUCGAGAGGGCAAAGGCAACUGGUCUCCUGAAUGUCGAGAAUCCAGUCACCCAGGCCCUUCAUGAGGGAAGAUUUGAAGAAUUGCCAGAUGAUGCUGAUAGCGAUUGA